UAAUAUGUUUCUAACUAUUGCAGCAAAGGAUAAACUUUGUGUUGUCUCAAGAUCGGCCCGCCUUGUGUUGGAGGCUUGUGGAAGCCUCAUAGAAGACAAUGAAGUGUUAGAAGAAGUGAAAAAUGAAGUUUUACUCCUGUUAACUGAUGAUGAAGAGUAUUCACCAUCCAGCAGCAAGUUACUCGUACAUGGUGGUACUGCACACCAAGAACAAUACACAUCAACUGCUAGUACCAGUACUUCUGCUCCACAGCAAGGUGAACAGGACACACCAAUUGCCACUAGUUCUGCUGCACACCAAGGAGACACACUGGCAGACAUAAGCAACAAUUCAGCUUCUUCGGUUGAAGCUCCUGCAGGUGACAGUCCAGAUGCCACACCUCAACGGCCAUCUACUUUAAUAGCAGAUCCACCUCUGCCUGAACUGUCAGGGGCGACGAAAGCGAUGCUACUAGAGCCUACCUGUUCCCGAAAAGUGUGGCUACAGCUGAUUGAAGAGACAAAAAAUUAUUAUCUAAAGUUUUAUCCCUUGAUUGAAUCAAAUCCUAUGGGGACAUACAAAGCAAUUGGAAUGAAGAUGGUGUCUGCUUAUCCAUCCAUCAAGCGUGAAGGCUUGUUUCCAUGGAGUCAGUUUACUAGGGCCCUCAGUCAGAGCAUUCGAACUGAGCGUUAUAAACAGAAGAGAAAGAGCAUGCCUCAUGUACAACAUGCUCAUCCAGCCCCCAAAAGAUUUGCUUUGGGUAGGAAGCAGUUUACCACUAUAGAGAAUCAAGAACGUGAGCUGACCGAAGACGAAUUCGUGAGGCACACCAAAGAACUUUGCCAGGAAAUGAAAAAGAAAAAUCUUAACACUGAGCAUAUAAAUAUGCUUUUAACUGCUACAAUGGUGAACCGACAACAGUGGAUAUCAACACUUCCUGGUGGACUCAUCUCACCAAUAUUGAUGAAGUUCCCUUGCUUCUGGAAGAGCAGUUUUAUCAAAACUGAGAUGGAAAGACUUCUCAAGGAUACCACUGAAAGCUGGAAGACUAAAUUGAACAAGAUAUGUGACACACUGAUUAAGAAGGUUCCCAAGACUGACCAUCAUAGUUCACUGCAUGAAUAUGAUGUAAUUCACUACAUUGAAAAUGAAAUUUCCUUCAAACGAGGAAGAGGUGUGAAGUCUCAGCCAGUUAUCCUGCUAAGAGAAUUGUAUGGUGAUCAAGAUAAAGACUUCAGUAGUGCUGAAAAGUCUCCUCCUCACAUCAUCUUGACUGUUGAAAAUAAAAGCCUGAAGGAUGUAUAUAUCACUGGGGAUGGAUGUACAAUUCCAUGUGAAACAGGUGAUGAUGUGUGUGAUGCAGUAAUCUUAUUGCUUGGGACAUAUUACAUAUUUGACUUAGGGUAUCCAAGGAUUUAUUCACAGAUUUUAGGAUUCCUGCAACAGUAUGUGUUAAAUGAACCAUACACUUUGGAGAAGUCUUCAGGUUAUAAUCAUUUUGUAGCACAGUAUGAAAGGUUGUUGAGAGCAUAGGAGGAUUCACAUAAUGUAAGUUGCCUCCAUCCUCCUUCCUCCCCCUAUCCUUCUAAGAUAAGAAAGAGAUAAGAUAAUUUAUUGGUCACAUUGUUCUACAUAAAUGCAUACAAGUGAAAUUCUUUAUAGCAAAAACAGGCUCCAAAAGUAUUCUACAUAGAUAAGAGUAUAGCACAUAAAAAACAUAAAAGCAUAAUUUUUUUUAAAAGGUAUUAAAAUUAUUUUUGUGGAUAAAAAUGGUUAAAGAGCACUAUACUGCUUGGGACAAAAGAUUUUCUGUAGCGAUCUGUUUUAAUCAAUGGCAGUGCCAGCCUUCGUCCUGAUCUUAAAAAGUUAUAACAGUUAUUAAGAGGGUGAGUUUGAUCCUGCAUUAUUUUUCCUACUUGUUUUAUUGCUGCCUCUUGAUAUAGAAUAUCUGUGAAUGUUACUGA